AUGGAGCCGACGAGCUCGGUGCGGAGCCUGCUGUCCACGGUGCGCGGCCUGCCGGAGUCCAAGGUCACAGAGUUGGUGGACUAUUUGCAGAGGGAGGCCUAUGCUGAUGUGGGCUGCCUGCUGCAAGCGUGGAAGGACCCGGCGGAAUGGGCCGCCAUCAAGAUGCCGCUGCAUGUGAAGCACGUCCUGGGCCGACACCUUGGGCGCAUCCGGCAGCACAUGGGCGCGCCGGGCCCCUUGGGGCUUCCAUCCGCCAGCACGGCAGUGGCCUGCAGCUUCCUGAGCACGUCGCAAGUGGCGCGGCUGGCGGAGUGCUGCGGAAACUUCAAGGCCCUUGUCCAAGGCCCGGACUUCGCCGCCCUCUGGCGCUCCUUCCUCACCGAAGCCGGGCUGCUGUCGGCCGGGGAAGAUGCCCGGCGCAAGUACGUUCAGCUGGCAACAGUGGAUUUGCAGGGGGCCUGGCUGGACAUUGGAAGGGAUGAUACGGAGGAGGAGUACCGCUGCAUGACCACAAUGCGCGAGCUGCCCCGGCGGUCUCCGAUCUGCCGCUGCUUCGAGGCCAUCUCUUACCUGGGGCCCUUUGAGACCAAGGUCAGCUACUCCAUGGUGAGCGGCGCCAUCUUUGUGAGCUACGAGCGUUUCGUGGACCCGGGCACAGGGGUCAUCUCGGGGCCACUGAACAUCGCGAGCGGCGUGCUGGACCUCUCGCCGAGCCCACGCGUCUUUGGCACCUGGGUGCAGUACAGUUCCCGCAUGGACCUCGGGAGAGGACCACACGCCACCCGUCGCCGUGAUGGGGAAUUGUGGGGCCCAUCUCCGCCCAUGGUACAGGGCAGCUUCGACUUUGUCCAGAUUGCUCUGGAUGAGGAUCCGAGCCCCAAGCGCCGCCGGCUACGAUAG